UAUUACAGCACAACUUGAAAUGACCCGAUAACCCAACCCAACCCAACCCCUGAUGCACUGGAGACCUCAGCCCCCAUCACUCAACAGCCACCACACCUCACCGUCAACCCUAAUUUCACUUCCAAGUUCCAAGUUCCAAGUUCCAAGUUCCAAUCUUCAUCCAACUCCGACGAAGGUCACCGUCCCUCCCAGUCUACCGCAAUCGACGCCGCAUCAGAGUUGCGUCACCGGGCAGAAAGACCUCCAACGGGCGGAAGGAAGUCACCGUCGCUGAUUGAAGCUGCUGCAGCGCCGUUGUCGUCUGGUCGUCUGAACUCCGAAGCUUCCGUGGUCGGCGUCGUCUGCUCGUCGGAAGCUGCUCUGUCAACGCCGUCGAGCGUCUGGACGCCUUCUCUGCUCUCUGCGGCGAACUUGACCGCAACAUCAUCCUCACUUGGGCUGAAACUACAACCAUAUUCAUAGGCUCAUAGAAUCGGGAGUAGUAACAGAGUAGUAACAGAAACACAGACGCAGUUGAUUCUGAAUGAAGACAGCAGGGAGCAUAUUCCUAAGGACUCACUUCCCCACUCCAACUAAGCUCCUCUUCCUUCCUCUUACAAAUCCCAAACACUCCCUCUCCCUAAUUCCCAUUUCCAUAUCCUUCACCCGCUUUUCAUCCACCAGUCCCAAUCCAAUCUUAUACGGACCUUCCCUCCACAAAGGAACCGCUCCAAUGCUUCAACGCCCCCAAAACGACGCCCUUCUCACCCUCCGUGAAGAUGCCUUCACUCGCGUCUUCCACCUCUCUGCUCUCCGCGUCCCCUCUGCCCACUGCUCCACCUUAGAGACUCGCCUCCGCGGCCACCUCCUCAACUGGCCUCGUGUUCGCAACAUCGCUCGCGUCCCCGGUGAUGACCUCGAUCCCGACCUCGCUUCGCUAGUUACCUCCGGAGAAUCAGGAGGAGGAGAAGAAGGACACGUGUCAUUGCAGCGACGGAUUUACGGCCAAGCCGAGGGAGACAGCGACAUUUUGAGCCCGGUUCUGUACAGAGAGAAGCUCGCAAGGAGGUUCAAUACGCACGGCUUCGUGAAGUUCAGGAACCUGGCGAAGAUAUCGAGGCCGCCGAAGAGGAAGAAGAAGAAGAAGGAGGACGAGGAGGUGAAAGUCGAGAGGUGCACGGGGAAGAACGAUUUUGCUACGGUGGAGGUUGUUGAAGAGGACGAUAAUGGAGGGGGUAUUUUGGGGAAUUUGGUUGAGGAGGAGUUUGGGAGGGAGAAGUGGAGGGGCUCCACGAGGUUGCUGUUGCUGGAUGAACGGUACGCCGGUUGCGGCGUCCAAGACUUGCCUGAGGCUAUCAAGGCCGUAUUAAAGGAGUAUGCCGAAAAGAGUGCAAAUUUGACUUUUGAGCUAGUUAGGUGCAAGUUGACUCUGUUUUAUGAUUAUUGGCAGAUGAAUGAGAUCCUGGAGGUCUUGCUUCCUGAUGGUGUGGUUGUUCCUUCAGCUUUUGAGACCGUUGGUCACAUUGCACACCUGAAUUUGAGAGAGGAACAUUUAUCAUACAAAACACUCAUAGCAAAGGUUGUGCUGGAUAAAAAUAAGCCAAAGAUACAAACAGUUGUGAACAAGAUUGAUUCCAUUCAUAAUGAAUACCGGACCAUGCAACUUGAGGUUCUAGCAGGAAACCACUCUCUAGUUACCACAGUUGUUGAGAACGGAAUACGCUUUCAGGUUGAUUUAGCAACAGUAUACUGGAGUUCUAGGCUUGCAACUGAAAGACAAAGGCUUCUGAGUGGUUUUACACGGAAAGAUGUUGUCUGUGAUGUUUUUUCUGGAGUUGGUCCCUUGGCUAUAUCUGCAGCAAAGAUAGUUAAGCAUGUUUUUGCUAAUGAUUUAAACCCAUCUGCAGUGGAGUAUCUGGAAAGAAAUAGUGUUCUAAACAAACUUGAAAGGAAGAUUGAGGUCUUUAACAUGGAUGGGAGAAGGUUCAUUAAGGCUAUGUAUGCCAGUGAUAAAGCUCAAUCAAUCACGCAGGUGGUUAUGAACUUGCCAAAUGAAGCUGCAGAAUUUCUAGAUGCAUUUAGGGGAAUAUACAAAGACAGACCCAAGGACAUGGAAUGCAACUUGCCAACGAUCCAUGUUUAUGGAUUCUCCAAAGCGCAAGAUCCGGAAUUUGAUUUUCACGAGAGAAUAAGAAUUGCCCUGCUAGAGGUCGCAGUCAACGUAGAAAUGCGACGUGUACGACUUGUGGCGCCCGGAAAAUGGAUGUUGUGUGCAUCAUUUGUUCUCCCUCGAAGUGUAGCAUUUGCUAAUACUGCAAUUGUUACUUAAAUAUUUUCUGUUGUCAUUUAGUCACAUUUCAUGGAGAAAGUUUUGUUGCAUUACAUUAGUUGUCCCAUGCCCAGAGCAUAUAAUGUACAUAUGUUGUAAUAUGUAUUUUUCAAAA